AUGGAAGUUAUCGAUAACGAGCCUCUCCAGGUCUCGUUUCCUCUGCCACGUUCUAUCGAUACUCGCGUAUUCAUUCACCUUACCAUCAAGGCCAAAGCCGUUACCUUGUUCCUCACCACAGCAAACCAGGAUGAGCCGUCAUCACCAGCAGCCAUGGGCUCCUUCGUCUACGCUCUGCCUGACCGUCUCAACCCCGCUCAGCCAAUUUCCACAACGCUCUAUGUUCACGAGCCAACCCUCGAAUUCACGCAGCGCAUGGCGAAGCUGAUCGCCAAGCGGGCGAACAUGCCCGUCUAUGUUACCAACAGUAGUUCCUUCACGAACUGCCCCGAGGGCGGCACCGUUGAGGAGGAGAUGGACGUCUUCAAGCGGGUCGUCGAUGUGGUGACUGAGCGGGUCCGACUGGUCGUCAAACCGACAGCAGCAGCCAACGGUGUCUGA